AGAAUAUCAUUUAAAUUCACUUCUCACGUGUGCGCUUUGUCGCAAUAUGGCCUCUCUCUCCAUAGUUCUGGUUAUUUCAGUUUAAGACGUUUGUCAUAAUAACUCACCCCUUUCCUGUGUGCAUGUAACGCCUAAGCCAAUCAGAGUUGCCUACACAACGAACCGACAUCACGUGAAGGAGCCUCCUUCUGUAGAUAUAUGCGACAGGCUGCCAUCAACACACACAGAGAUUUGUCCCCCAUUUAGCCGCAACUUGAACACGGCUAUAACGUGGCUGCUGCAGCAAAGAAGAUCCUGGAGAAAAGCAUCUUUCUGUUGUGAUACUACAUUAUAUUAAACGAUUUACAAGUCAGGAGGAUGGGAAAACUUCCACUGUUACUUCUUUUCCUCCUCUUCAUCUCUGUGCCUCUACGCGCAGCUAAAACCUUCUUAGAAGCGUACGGUGACCUGAGGAAAAGCUUAGUCGAGCCGACAAAAUACAAUUUUAAAGUGAGACCUGCAAAUAAGACAGUCAUCAACAUUACUCUCGAUUUAACAACCCUGAACAACCUGGACAUAGGAUCCCAGACUUUGACUUCAACAUUUCUGCUGUAUAUGUCAUGGAUCGAUGAGCGGCUUACCUGGCCAUCAACAACUGGCAUCGACUACCUGAUAUAUAGCAUCAAAGAGAUAUGGACACCAAAUCUAGUUAUUACAAAUUAUGUAAAUGACUUUGGAUUGAUUGGGAUAUAUGAAGACGGACCCGUUCCUAUCAGGGUGUCCAUUGAGGGCCGAGUGGUGUGGGCUCUCCGCGUAGCCACGACAACGACAUGCCAGGCCGACAUUACGUAUUAUCCGUACGACAGUCAGACGUGUGACGUACACGUUAUGGAGUGGGCGCAUCCCAUGAGUGAGGUGGAUCUUCUGCCAGAGGGAAUUGUAAGCAGUUCGUUCCAGAGUGAUGGCGAAUGGGAGUUACUGGACAAGACACUACAAAGUGGAGGAGAAGUUGGUGCACAUAAUUUGACCUAUGAAAAGAUCAAGUAUACAUUCUUCUUCCAAAGGCAAUUUCAAUGGUACAUUCCGUUGAUGAUGAUACCAUUGGGUGUUCUGUCCCUACUGAUGCCAGGCAUGUUCCUUGUGCCUGUGGAGACUGGAGAGAAAAUGUCCUACGCUCUAACAGUGAUGCUGUCAUUUACAGUGAUAAGUUCUUUCCUCUUUGAAACACUACCAACCGUUUCAAUCAACUAGUCCUUAUUAGGUGUAUACAUUUCUUCAACGAUGACGUGUGGCGCACUAAUGAUUGUGGGUUCAUUGAUUGUGCACUACUACAACCACGUGCACCCUAGCCCUGCUGAUGACAGCGACCGCAAUUUGACAGCGACAGUGAAGGCUAUCGAAACUUGUGCUUUUGUUUUCUUCUUUAGCCUCCUGGUACUGAUGUUGAUCUGUUUUCUGUUUAUUUUGAAUUAUCCUAUUGCUGAUAAGAACAUUAGUGUCAUUGGAAUUAUGCUUGGCGUUCCCAUUGCAGUUAGCGUUAUCAUUUUAUGUUCAAUCGUAACCAUAAAUGCCUGUCGAAGGUGUCACCAUAUCAGGAAAACAGAUCAACAAAGAAAAACACAACAAACGGAAGGUGAAGAUACUUCUGCUGCCACCUCAUCUGCCCUAUAAAAUAUGGCGUCAUAGAUUGAAUUCCCCACGCCAUUAAAAAUACAAUCCUUAAAAUUAGGUGCAUCACCUAUUUCCAACGCACCGGGCGCAUUGCAUUCGGUUUUAAUGUGUUCGCAUAUGUAAAUUACGAAGAAGUGCUUUUUUUCACGCAACGUAUGAAGUCACACAUACAACUACGGGAUCAGUGUGAUAUAGUCUUAAAUCGAAACAAGGCAAAUAUAUCAGCAACAAUAUAUAUGCAAAUAUAUAUCAUGAUCAACACGCAUGUGACGACACGGGUGCUCAACCGGUUGGGCCGUGAAAAAAGGAUCGUGAACUUAUAUCUUGCUUCACCAUAGUAAAAUUUGUAGUAUCAGUACAUAGACAUUCUAUGAACACUCGCACGCAUGCCCGCGAACAUGCACGCACGCACGCACGCACGCACACUGGUUCUCAUUAGUCAGGUAUGGUAAUACAGUUUGAACUUUGAUACCACGGAGGGUGGCUAAACAUGUGUAUAGUUUCCCCGUCGUUUAAAACUUUGAUUUAUAACUGCUUCUCAUUUUUUGUGUUGUUUAUUUAAGUGUCACAUCUUACAUACAGCACAAAUAUAAAACGUGUAAGUAAGCAAUAUAUAUAACAUCCUUGCAAUAAAUGGUCUAUGACACACUAGUGUGGACAUGUGAAACGUUUAUAGGCACGUGACCUAUGAGGCACUAAAAUCGACAUGUAAAGCAUAAUACUAAUAAAUACUUGAAAGUUGUAUGAACCGUUAUGUGGUAGUAGUUAUGUUAUAGGCAGUAGUGUUGAUAAAGAUCAACGGGGAGGAACGUGAAAGAAGGGACAUGAACUUACUUCACCAUAGUAAAAUCUGUAGCAUUUGUACAUAGACAUUGUAUGAACCUUGAUACCACGGAGGGUGGCACAACAUGUGUUCUGUUUCCCCCUCCGUCUAAAACUUUGAUUUAUAAACUUUUUAUUUUUUGCGUUCA